AUGUCUGCUGUAGAGCAUGGCGUCGAGGCCACUCUCCCGGCCCUCGUUACCGAUGCUCCUAUUAUGACCGCUCCCGUGACUGGGCAGGAUAAAGUUGUCGGCCAGUCCGAGAAAGCCCUCACUGACACUCCCGAUGGCGAAGAACCCAACGACGAAGAGAACAGGACUCUUCGACAUGUUGCAGAAAACCUUCCACUCUCCGCUUGGCUAGUCGCCGUUGUCGAAUUGUGUGAGCGUUUCACAUACUACGGCAUGUCUGGAUUGUUCCAGAACUACGUCCAGCGUCCCUUGCAGCCUGCCAAUGACGGACAGGGCCCUGGUGCGCUCGGCAUGGGACACCAAGGAGCCACCGGAUUGACUACCUUCUUCCAGUUUUGGUGCUACGUCACACCUAUCAUUGGUGCGAUUAUUGCUGACCAGUACCUCGGAAAGUAUAAGACCAUUGUUCUCUUCUGCGGCGUCUACCUUGUUGGAUUGUUGAUCCUUGUCUGCACCUCGAUCCCUACCGCCCUUGAGCAUGGAGCUGGUCUUGGAGGUUUUAUCGUCGCCAUUCUCAUCAUCGGCCUGGGAACCGGUGGAAUCAAGAGUAACGUUGCUCCUCUGAUUGCGGAUCAGUACAAGCGCAAGAAGAUGGCAGUCUCAACCACCAAGAAGGGCGAACGCGUUAUCAUCGACCCGGCCCUUACCAUUCAACGCAUUUACAUGAUCUUCUACGGCUGCAUCAACAUUGGUUCGCUCUCAUUACUGGCUACACCGUACAUGGAGAAGUAUACUGGAUUCUGGUCCGCUUAUCUUCUCUGCCUCUGCAUGUUUGCUGUCGGUACCGCCGUGGUCAUCUGCGGACGCAAGUACUACGUUGUGCGUCCUCCCCAGGGCUCUAUUAUUACCGACGCCUUCAAGGCUCUCUGGAUCAUGGCCAUCAACCGCAACAUGGACGCGCCCAAGCCUACAUGGCAGGCUGCCAACGGUGGCACUAGGACCAACCUUCCCUGGGAUGAUCACUUUAUCGAUGAGCUGAAGCGCGCCCUUGUUGCCUGCCGCGUUUUCGCUUUUUACCCUAUCUACUGGGUCGUGUACGGUCAAUUCUCCAGCAACUUUGUCACUCAGGCUGGUCAGAUGAGUGGACAUGGCAUUCCCAACGAUCUGAUGCAGAACUUCGAUCCCAUUUCUAUCAUCGUCUUCAUUCCUGUCCUGGAAUCCUUGGUGUACCCCGUGCUCCGCCGCAUGCGCAUCCGGUUCCGUCCCAUCUCUCGUAUCUCUCUCGGCUUCGUCGUUGCUUCUCUGGCCAUGAUGUACGCUGCUAUUGUCCAGCAUCUCAUCUAUUCGGCUGGCCCGUGUUACGAGUCUCCCCUGUGCGCCGACGGACCCAAUGGCAACAACGUUCACAUCGCUAUCCAGACACCUGCCUACUUCUUCAUCGGCAUCUCUGAAAUCUUUGCCUCGGUGUCUGGUCUGGAGUACGCAUACACCAAGGCCCCGCCAUCCAUGAAGUCGUUUGUGCAGUCGAUGUACCUGCUCACGAACGCCUUCGGAUCCGCCCUUGCCGAGGCAUUGACGCCUGCUGCGUAUGAUCCAGCCGUCAUGUGGAUGUUCACCGGUCUGGCCGUCGCCUCUUUCAUUGCCGGUAUCCUCUUCUACAUCGUCUACAGCCCGCUCAACGCCCAAGAAGACGAGUUGAAUGCCCUGGACGCUAACGACCCUGACGUUCCUGUCCCGCGCAUCUCGGGUGAGAAGGAGCACAACUGA